CAUUGUCUCUUCAAACUCAUCUCCUCUCAGUUUUCAGUUUCAGCUUUGAGAAUUUAGAUAUUAUUUUCUAUUGAUAAUAUCGUUGCAGCCAUGAUCAACCAUAAACAAGCUCAGUUCUUCACGAUUCUCUGUUGUUUUCUAACUCUAACUCCUUCACUUGUACGAGGGGACUGCACCUGCGAACCCGAAGAUGAAGAUCGCGAUAAGUCUCGAGCGCUGCGAUAUAAGAUGGCUGCCAUAGCUUCCAUCCUCGUCGCCGGAGCCAUUGGUGUUUGCUUUCCUCUGCUUGGGAAGACUUUCCAGGCUUUACGUCCCGAGAAAAAUCUCUUCUUCAUCAUCAAAGCCUUCGCCGCAGGUGUCAUAUUGUCCACCGGGUUCAUCCACGUUCUUCCCGACGCAACCGAGAACUUAACGUCUCCUUGCCUCAAUGAGAAUCCUUGGGGGAAUUUUCCGUUCGCCGGACUGGUGGCAAUGACCGCUGCUAUCGGAACCUUGAUGGUUGACGUUUUUGCUACGUCUCAUUACACCAAGUCUUAUCUUCAUAAAACCCAACAAAGCAACGGUGGCGAUGAAGAGAAAACAGGGGAAAACGAAAAGGAUCUGCCGGUUCAUACUCAUGCCACACACGGCCAUGCUCAUGGCUCUGUUUCAAUGCUCCAGAGUUCGGAUUCAGCUCAGCUUCUUCGGCACCGAGUAGUUUCUCAGGUUUUGGAAUUGGGAAUAGUGGUGCACUCUGUGAUCAUAGGAAUAUCUCUGGGUGCUUCUGAAAGUCCAAAAACUAUAAGGCCUUUGGUGGCUGCACUCACCUUUCAUCAGUUCUUUGAAGGCAUGGGACUUGGUGGAUGCAUUUCCCAGGCUCAAUUCAAGUGCCGAGCGGUGACGAUCAUGGCACUGUUUUUCUCGCUGACAACCCCGGUCGGAAUCGCUAUAGGAAUCGGAAUAACAAACAUAUACGAUGAGAGCAGCCCGACGGCCCUGAUCGUCGAAGGGUUGUUGAAUGCAGCGUCGGCCGGGAUCCUAAUAUAUAUGGCCCUGGUGGAUCUUCUGGCUGCCGAUUUCAUGAACCCAAAGUUGCAAAACAAUGGAUUACUUCAGGCUGGAGCCAGUGUUUCUCUUCUUCUAGGUGCUGCCCUCAUGUCUCUCUUGGCUAUUUGGGCUUAAAACCCACUUCUCUCCCAUUCAUUUACAACACUCAAAUGGCAUUUUGAAUUUUAUAAAAUUUGGUCUUCACCUCU